AUGAACAGACAUAGGGCGCUUGAGGCCCUCUCGCUCUCUGUUUGCCAGCCUUGGAAAAGUUGGUUUAAUAACAGCUCAUUGAGAUACUCAGCAGCUCCUGUUAACAGAAAACCUUUUCCUGUUCUUCCUGACACUCUUGAUGUCAAUGUUCCUGAGAUUCAAUCUGCAACCAGAACUGCUCACAAGCAUAUAGCCAAACUGGCUGAGCUCAAGGAGCUUGUGAGACUGGGAGGUGGAGAAAAAGCCCAAGCCUCAUAUGUCCGCAAGAAAGUUCUUCCAAGAGACAGGAUUACUAGGAUUUUGGAUGACCCUGAUGAAGACCUACUUGAAAUUGGUAUAUUUGCUGGUCUUGGGAUGCCAUACGGUGAUGUACCGAGUGCUGGAACAAUUUGCUGUAUAGGUAAAGUACAUGGCCGGUAUUGCAUGAUAUCAGCUACUGAGGGAACAUUUAAAGGAGGCACAAUGUUCCCGAUCACCGUUACCAAGCAGAUCUCAGUUCUAGAUAAAGCUGAAAAAUGUGGUCUACCUUUCGUUUUCUUUAUUGACUCUGGAGGAGCAUUUUUACCUUUGCAGUCGUUACUGUUCCCUGACAAGAUGGGAGGAGGACGCGUGUUCUACUUGGAAUCUGUGCUGGGUUCACAAGGCUUGCCAACCGUGGCCGUCAUCUGUGGCUCCUGCACUGCUGGAGGGGCGUACGGACCAGCGCUGUGUCAGGAGGCAGGGAUCACUGACAAGACAGGCACGGUUUUCUUGGGAGGGCCGCCGCUGGUCAAGGCUGCCCUGGGCUAUGACAUCGGCGCACAGGAGCUUGGAGGGGCGGAACUACAUUCAAGAGUGAGUGGCGUAACAGACUACUUCCUGGGCACUGAAGACGAAGGUUUUGACGUGGUACGCGACGUUAUAGCGACUACGAAUUACUCCUCGUCUGACUGUACCGCUGCCACUACGUGGGAAGAGCCUCUGCACGACGCUUCUCAUCUCGACUGUCAGUGA